AUGGCUCUUCAACUCGGAUAUUUGGCUGUUUUGACAGUUGUAGCCAGUGGAUUGCCAGUUAAAGAUCCGUUAGGACCAACACAACCAAAAGGCCACAAAUUGGAGUACUUGGCGGCGGUAUGAAUUUGAAUUUCAUAAAAUUGUGUUUUUCUUUAUUCUUUGUGAAAAAAAAACAAUCAGGACCAUCGUAUUCCACGUUUUUUGAAAUUAACUUCAAACAAGAAUACAAAUUUCAGCUGUGGCGCCAUGGAGAGCGCGCUCCAGCCGGCACAUUCGCACAUGAUCUGUACAACGCCUCGGAUUGGGAGAAUGGAUACGGCGAGUUGACUUCGGUAAGUUCAGCGGCCUUGUUUCGCCUUCUUUUCGACAUUUUAUAUCACCUUUUCCAACGCGUAAUUAUACACAUUUCCCGUCUUCAGUACGGCAUUGAACAGCAACGUCGCCUGGGGAAGUGGAUUUACAACCGGUACGUCAAGGAAUUCGGUCAUCUUCCCGACGAAUUCGACCCAAAGUCCACUCGAAUUCAAUCGACUUGGUACAACCGAACCCGAGAGAGUGCAUUGUACAACUUCAAGGGGCUGUAUGGCGAGCGCAUCGACUACGAUCAGCUGAAUAUCUUGACGAUUCCGAAGAACGAAACGGAUGUCAUCGGACUGCCCUAUGACGGCUGCGGUUAUGCACAUGAAUUGGCGGUGGGAGCGUUGAAAACCAAUGAGGUUGUUCGGUUUAUGCGCAAGCACAAGGUAAGAGAGAUAUUUGGAGGCUCAGACUGUUUGUCAUCUUUGGACAUGCCCAAAAAUUCCUUAAUUUUUUUAUAGCGGGGGACCUGACACAGUGGCAAAAAACGUACAAUUUUGCAUCCGGGAGGUAUCAAAAAUGUGGCAAAAUGCUUCCCUCUCUUUUUUGUGAGGGAAAGGGCGCCCUUCAAGGCGAAGUUUUUUCACUUGGAGAGGGAAGCAUUUUGCCACAUUUCUGAUACUUCCCGGAUACAGAAUGGUACGUUUUUCGCGACUGGAAAAGGUCCACCACUGUAGCUUGAAAGUCGGCAGAAAAGUCACAUUUUUUGCGAGUUUUGGUAAAGUUUUGCACUUAUUCCUAUCGUGGAGGGCAACUUUCCCACAGAAAAUUAUUUUUUUCGCAUGAAACUGGCAAAUUUGUGGUAAAAAACGUCUGUUUUUCUCUCUGACCACUCUCCGCGUAAUGCGUAAUCUCUUGGCCACAAAGAUCGUGAUACAACAUUCUUUGUGGCCAAGAUCGGCUGUAUGUAAUAGUUAAUUGAAUCACAUUUUUGUGCCCUAUGAUAUUUACAGUUUUUAGGAGUGGAUUUCCCGUCUGCUCAAAGCCACCAAUUAUGGGAACCUCACCUACAUUGUCGACCUCUACUGCGUGGAAGACCCAAUAUAUCUGGAGGUAGGUGGAACGAUCUAUUGUAAGGAGCGUCCUCGAGAUUUCGAGGCUCAUUUCCCCUGCCUUGACCGCACAUUUUCAGGAGCGCAAAGGCUUGAAACUGGCCCCCGAAUACAAGAAAAAUUUCAACAAUAUCUUUGACAUCUACGUCGAGGAAAUCAAAUUCAUGUAUGGAAUAGACGUUAAGCCACAGAACGGGAUUAACUGGCGCUAUGAGUUGGUUAAAAUGCAAGCUGGAGGCUUGCUAACUCGCGUUGCGAAUGACAUGUCAGCCAAAGCUUUUUGCAAAGUCAAGCCGGAUCAGCCGUAUUGCAAGGAGGAUAAUGUGGCGGAUUUGAAGUAUCGAGUGUUUUCAAUGGCAAGUUGAGCGACUAGGCAGGCCUAAGAACUUUGUUUUAGCACGACACCAAUGUCCUCGGCGUCCUCAACAGUUUCGAUUUCCCAAAAGUGGAUUACAAUCGAAAUGAUAACGUUGAAUUGGGAAGUUCUCUGUUUUUCGAGCUCUGGAAUGACGAAGAAAAAGAUCGAAAAUACGUGAAGAUCAUCUACCGCCGAAGCCCUGAAGAGAUUUACGAUUUGAGCGAGCAAAUCCGCGGCUGCAAAAGCAUUGGAAAAGGGCUGGGAUGCAGUUUGGAUGACUUUUUGAGAAGAACCGACAAGUAUUUGAUCCCCAGCUCUGAGAAGGUAAGGGUAAUGUAAAAACAUGUUACAUGUACAAUGUCAAAAUUUUAAUAUUAAAAUUUCAGUAUUGCGCCCAAAAACUGCCUCAACUUGGGACUUUUGAGACUAUUCCUCAAGUCCACUUUAAACUCUGA